CUUGGGGGAGAAAGCUCCGAUUUUCUUACUCGUCAUAAUCCUGUUUCUCAGCGGGAGGGAUUUCUCGACGUGCAGACACCGUCCAUUUCUCGAACCUCACCUCACGACUGUAUUAUCAGUCCUCCGCCUUAUCAAUCGGAACUGCCUUUGCUUUUGAAUCGUCAUUAAGGACUUGUUAUUUUUCUUUCUUUCUUUCUUCUGUUUUUCUCCCGUUCUCCUCGAGAUCAAAUUUUCUUGGUCACCACGAGAACGAUUGAUCGCACGCACGCACAAUCAUUUCAGUCCGACCGAGACCCCGGAUAGCCCAUCACAUAUCUACCAUUCUGAAAGAGACGUCUAUCUCUUGCCCCAAAAUUAACUGCUUCUAGAAUCGAUCAACUAGUCUGCACGACAAUUUCUUUGUGGAGCUUUGGGGAGGAAGAGUCGUUCGGUCUUGGGACAGAUUUGGGGCUCAGUUGGCAGUGUACCUGGACCUGGAUCGUUGUACAAAGCACAGCGCGUAUCUGCCGCUGCGUCGAUCUUUCAAUCAUCAAAUUUGUCGGGUCUUCCGCUUUGGAACCUUUACCUUACAAAAAAAAACAGGACAGUCGGAUCAACCGCUUCCUGGGAAAGACCGCAAGCACAGAGCUUCGUCUUCGAACAGCCUUUGGCAACACAAGAGAGAAGAGAAGAGAGCCGUGUGUAUCAGGUUCACGGAGUACACGCUCCUGUAAAUCCUGACCGCGUAAUUAGGCCUUUUCAAUACAGCUUAGCACUAACUGAGCUUGACCUCGAGCAUCAAGCUCGCAAAUUUUCACACAAUGGCCGAGGAGGAUUUCGAAAUUGACAUUUAUGGCGAUGCCAACCAGGAGCAGCAGGGUGGAGACGACAACAAGCAUGAUCAAUCUUAUGAAGGUGGUGACCACCAGGAUGGACAUGGAGCCAACGACAAUGAACAGUACCGAGAUGACCAGCAGCAUGCCGAAGAUUCAUCUCACGCAAAGCACGAUGACGACUCUAGCCACACCGAAUCUGCCACACCACAGCAGAGCAACCCACUGAAGCGUAAAGAGGGCUCUGAUGACCGGGCCAUCGACCCAGGUGCCACUUCUGCCAUCCUUAUUUCCGAGCUCCAGUGGUGGAUCACCGACGACGACAUUCGGGGCUGGAUCCGUGAGGCAGGCUGCGAGGAGGAGUUGAAGGAUAUUACCUUCAGCGAACACAAGGUUAAUGGCAAGAGCAAAGGUCAGGUGUAUAUUGAGCUCACAUCCCAGCAGGCGGCAACAGCUGUCAAGCAUCGCCUGGAAUCCUCAGGCGAGGAUGGCGCUUCACAAGCAGGCAGGAAGCAACAAGUCAUCUAUUCUUCACCGACGAUGAACCCGUUCCGAACCCUGCCGAAGGACCAGCCCCGGACGGGUAAGGAUGGCCAGAACCGUCCCACUUCUGGCGCAGGCUACAACAAUGACCGCACAGGCAACAUGAGCGGCGGAGGUGGCAAUUUCAACGGAGGUUAUAACAACCGCGGACGUGGCGGUUAUAACAACAUGCGCGGCGGAAUGGUCAACAACAUGAACCAGGGCGGAUUCAACCGCAAUUUUAACAACAAUGCCUACAACAAUAACAGCAUGGGCUUCAACAACCCGAUGGGUGGUGGCAAUUUCGGAGGUGGCGGCGGAGCGAACUUUGGUGGCUUCCGCGGCGGCGGAAUGGGCAUGAACUCGAACAUGCGUGGAGGUGCCAUGCGUGGAGGCCGCGGUGGUAUGGGAGGCGGCAUGAUGGGUGGAGGUAUGGGUGGUCCCAUGGGCAACAUGGGUAAUAUGGGCGGCGGUAUGGGCAACAUGGGCAACAUGGGAGCCAUGGGUAUGGGUGGUAUGGGCGGACCCAUGGGCGCCAUGGGAGCCAUGGGAGGAAACAUGGGAGCCAUGGGAAUGAUGGGUGGAGGAAUGCCUGGAUUCCAAGGCAUGCAAGGGGGAUUUAACCCUCAGGGCUUCUUUGGCGGCGUAGGUGGCAAUAACAACAACAACAACGCUCAGGGAGGCGGCGGUAACAACGAGUGGCAGAAUCCGCACGGUGCCAAACGUCCUCGGCCGGAAUAGGGAUCUGGACUUCGAUCAGAGACUAUACACCAGUACGCCACACCUCCAACUGGCACGCCUACCGUAUCAGCCGGCCCCCCAGGCAUUCAAAUCGUUUCGCAGCAGCUGUGGGGAGCAAAGCCUAGGGCGUUCUAGAAGUAUCCCGGUUCAGCUAGGGAGGCGGCCGUCCCUUUCCCACUCAAAUUCUCAGGGACUGUGUGAAGGUUAGAGUCCGACUGUGCUCAUCAUCAAAGCACAAAUAACCAGAGCAAAAAGAAUCGCGAGUAAGCGGGCGAGCAAGCGCAUGCUACACUACAAGGACCAUUGGCAUUUACGUACUUUUUUCAAUCCGUGUUUUUUUUUUUUCUAAAGCACUUUUGUAACAGAAAGCAGAAAGGAGUUGGGAUUGGCUUUUUUUUUUUCUUUUCAAAGAGCAAAAGAACCUGAAAGCUGAUCUAAUGGCCGAUUCGAGCUGAAGGAAUACACGGCUACCAAGCAGGAGUUUGGAGUUUGAGAAUUUCAUAAAUGGGAAAAAGGAAUAUUCAUCAUCGUUUCGUUUUGUUCUUUGUGAUGGCAACUUGAUUUUGGCAACUCAUCUUAUCUUGUCUUCUUAUCGUAGGUAGACUCCGUAUCAGACCUGCUGCGCCCG